AUGAGUCUAGAAGUAAAAUUAAAUGAAAGGAGACGUAAUACAGAAGUAGUAUAUGAAGGAUUUGGAAAAAUAAAUCAAGAAGUAAAAUUAGGGAAGAGAAGAUCAAUUAAAAAAAAUGAAGAAGAAGAAGAGGAAAUAUCAAAAAAUUUACCUUUCUUUAUAAACAGAAAAAAAAGAAUAAGUGAAAAUUAUGAUUUUAUGAUGAAUGUAAGUGAAGAUGAUACUGAUGUACAACAAAUAGCUGAUAUUUUACAUUCAUAUCUAAAUAUAAGUGAGUCUAUUGGAAUAAGAUUAUCUUUAUUAUAUAAAACAAAACAAUAUUACAUGUUCAAAAAUUAUCUGAUAGCAAUAAAAGAUGUUCUUGAAGGUUUUCAUGUAUUAAAAGUUACAAGAAGUGGAAAAUUGCAAAAUAAAAAAUUAUAUUUUAAUUGUUAUCAUAUGAAUAUUAUAGGAAGUUGGUCUAAAAAAAUAUUAUUAUAUGAUGAAAUAAUAGAUAUAAGUAUUGGAAGUAGUUGCACACCUGAAUUACGUAUUUAUGAAAAUAAAUUCAAAGAUAUUGAGAAAAGAACAUAUUAUGUAGUAUUGAGAACAAAAUAUAGAGAUUACAGCUUUUUGUUUCUAAUGGAUGAUGAAAUUUUAAAACGAGAUAAAAAUUUAUCAGUUUUAGGAACAUUUAAAAAGUUAUUAAAAAAUAAAAAAAAUAUGAAUAAAAAAGAAAAUUCGGUAAAUAGAACUUAUCAUAAUUUAGAAAUACAGGAAAAUGUUAUAACAGAUAGUACUAAAGAAAACUCCCAAAAAACAGAAGAUAAAAUCAACGAUAAUAAUCCAAAGAAUAUUAACAACAAAGAUAUUCAGAUUAAUGAUAAAACAGAUGAAGAAAUAGAUAAUAAUAUUCGUAACUUUAAGAAUUUUUUAUUAACAGUUCUAAGAAGCUUAAAAGGAAUAAAAAUAAAUAUGAAUAAUGAAAAAAUGAAAGCUAUCUGUAAGCCAAGUAACAAAAUUUACUUUGAUAAAUAUGAUUUUGACAAUAAAAAAAUUAAUUCAUUUUUUCUUUUUUUCCAAAUACAAUUAGAUGUAUGUGGUCCAGAAAUUUGGUUUACCUCUAAGUUUAAUGAUAUUAUUUUUACAUAUAAAAAUUAG